CCUCCUCCUGCUCCUCUCUCAUUGCCAAACCAGCCCAACAGACCCACGACUCGAGCGACCCACCGUGCUGACCCGGGACGCGCGCCGAGGAAUCGGACCCCUGUCUGUCGCGGGCGCCCUUCUGUGUCAGGAAGCGGCAUGGGGGCGCCGGAGUGGUGGUGGUCGACGUGGAGGGGGCUGGCCGUCGCCGCCACGGCGGCGUGCCUCCUCCUGCACGUGGCGGCGCGGGUGGCGGACGCGCUCUGGUGGCGGCCGCGGCGGCUGGAGGCGCACUUCGCGCGGCAGGGCGUGCGCGGCCCGCCGUACCGCUUCCUCGUCGGCUGCGUCCGGGAGAUGGUGGCGCUCAUGGCGGACGCCACCGCCAAGCCCAUGUCGCCGCCCACCUCCCACAACGCGCUGCCCCGGGUGCUCGCCUUCUACCACUACUGGAGGAAGAUCUACGGGCCGACGUUCUUGAUAUGGUUCGGGCCGACGCCGCGGCUCACGGUGGCGGACCCCGAGCUGGUCCGCGAGAUCUUCCUGACGCGCGCCGACGCGUUCGACCGCUACGAGGCGCACCCCAUCGUCCGGCAGCUCGAGGGGGACGGCCUCGUCAGCCUGCACGGCGACAAGUGGGCCCUCCACCGCCGCGUCCUCGCCCCCGCCUUCUACCCCGACAACCUCAACCGGCUGGUUCCGCACGUCGGCAGGUCGGUGGCGGCGCUGGCGGAGAGGUGGCGGGCGAUGGCGCGCGCGAGCGGCGGCGAGGUCGAGGUGGACGUGGCGGAGUGGUUCCAGGCGGUGGCCGAAGAGGCCAUCACGCGCGCCACGUUCGGCCGCAGCUACGCCUCGGGCCGCGUGGUGUUCCGCAUGCAGGGCCGCCUCAUGGCCUUCGCCUCCGAGGCUUUCCGCAAGGUGCUCGUCCCGGGCUACCGGUUCUUGCCGACCAAGAAGAACCGGAUGUCGUGGGCCCUGGACAGGGAGAUCAGGCGGGGUCUGGUCCAGCUCAUCGGCCGGCGCAGCGACGCCGCCGAGGACCACGAGGCGGCCGCCAAGGACAAGGGCAACAGCGGCGGCGGCUUCAGGGACCUUCUGGGGCUGAUGAUCAAUGCCCGCGACAAGAGGUCGCAGCCCAUGCCGGUGGAGGAGAUGGUGGAGGAGUGCAAGACGUUCUUCUUCGCCGGCAAGCAGACGACCACGAACCUGCUGACCUGGGCCACGGUGCUCCUGGCCAUGCACCCGGACUGGCAGGACCGCGCCCGGCAGGAGGUCCUCGCCGUGUGCGGCCCCGGCGAGCUCCCCACCAAGGAGCAGCUGCACAAGCUGAAAACGGUGGGGAUGAUCCUGAACGAGACGCUGAGGCUGUACCCGCCGGCGGUGGCCACCAUCCGCCGGGCCAAGGUGGACGUGGCCCUCGGGGACCUGGCGAUCCCGCGCGACACGGAGCUGCUGAUCCCGAUCAUGGCGAUCCACCACGACCCCGGGCUGUGGGGCCCCGACGCGGCGCAGUUCAACCCCGCCCGGUUCGCCGGCGGCGCGGCCCGCGCGGCGGCGCACCCGCUGGCGUUCAUACCGUUCGGGCUGGGCGCCCGGAUGUGCAUCGGCCAGAACCUCGCGCUCCUGGAGGCCAAGCUCACCGUCGCCGUCCUGCUCCAGCGGUUCGAGAUGAGGCCGUCGCCCAAGUACGUGCACGCGCCGACGGUGCUCAUGCUGCUCCACCCGCAGUACGGCGCGCCCGUGAUCUUCCGCCCGUCCCCUGUCGCCGCCCCCGCCGUCCGCGUCGAUCCACGCUAGCUAGCUAGCUAGCUGGCCGGCCGGCCAACGACCUCUGUUAGCCUCUAGGGAGUAGGAAUUGACAGAAAUGACCACGCCGUGCUCUCUCUGUGUACAUACAUAUGCCGCCUAAUGACACGCGGCAGCUAACGGAAAGCUUCGCCCGCCGUCGUGGCCCGCCAUGGACGGACGGAUGGCCCUCGCUAACUGUCUAGUAGUAGUACGUAGUACGUAGAUCAUCAGAGCAGAGCAGAGCAGGAGCUUUAGGGUUUGAUGGCACGGGACAGGAGAAGGCCGGGCCCGCGCUGCCCUGCCCGGUCGCUUCCAUUUGUUCCCUUCUCCCUCCACGGAUUCGGGCCGCGUUUGUGUGUACGUACUACUCCUACAUUACAGCUGUGUUUCAUUCCGGCUAUUCUUCAUCUUUAGUAGAGCAGGAGACGGAAAAGGAUGAUGAAUCCAGAGCAAUGGGGGGACGGGAAAGGCUGUAUGGGGAUGGGAAAUUUGUU